AUGCGGGACACGUGCGUUCUUGUAAAAUCAUCUUUCUCAAAAACGAGAACAACAACAAGAACAACAAGAACAACAAGAACAAAGUCGUCGUCGUCGUCAAAAGAAGUAUCAAAAUCAGACAUUCUUUACGCGCACGUGGAAAAUGCCGAACACGACUCGCUCGGGCACCCGGAGUGCGCGGCGCGGAUACCAGCCAUCUUGGAGAAGUUAGAAAACGAUUCCGAAUUCUUUCUCGAAAGGAAAAAGGACCAGUCGAUUGUCUUGUUGGAAAAUCCGCCUUUAGCGACGGUUGAAGAUUUAGUUCCUCUCGAUAUUCACUCGCAAAACUACAUGAAAAGUUUAGAAUUUUUGGCAAAGACAAAAGCACCGUGCCAAAUCGAUGCCUCGACGUACAUGACGCCGAGUUCGUUCGAAGCCGCGCUCGCUUCUAUCGGCGCCUCCAACGCGCUCGUCGACGCGGUGUUAAAAGGCAAGACGAAAACCGGCUUCGCUUUGGUCCGGCCCCCAGGGCACCAUGCCGUAGUAAAAGGUCCUAUGGGAUUUUGUUUGUUCAACACCGCGGCUGCGGCGGUGAGAUAUGCGCAAACCCAGUACCCGAACGAUAUUAAAAAAGUUCUGGUAUACGACUUUGACGUUCACCACGGAAACGGCACGAACGAUAUUUUCGCCAAGGAUCCGACGGUUUUGUUCGUAUCCACGCACGAAGACGGAAGUUUCCCGGGGACGGGGAAGAUAUCCGAUAUCGGGCAAGACGAAGGCGAAGGGACGAAUAUAAACGUACCGCUUCCUACUGGGGCGGGCGAGAAAUCCGUUUUGGAGGCGUUCGAUCUCGUCGUCGAACCGGCGGCGAGAAGGUUUCAGCCGGAUUUCAUCGUCGUUUCGGCGGGAUACGACGCGCAUUGGAGAGAUCCUCUCGCAAACUUAAACUUCCGUUCGCGAACGUACCAUUAUUUAAGUUCGAGGUUGAAGAAGCUCAGUGAAGAUUUGUGCGACGGGAAGAUUGUGUUUUUAUUAGAAGGCGGGUACGAUUUAACCGGUUUGCCGGAAGGCGUGGCGGAGUCUUUCGCCGCGUUAGUCGGAGAAAAGAGUUUAGAGCAAAAAGACCCGGGCUUGUUCGAAGAACCGUUCGAGAAGGCGAAGAAAGUCAUCCAAGAGGUCAAAAGUGUGCAUCAGCUGUUGUAA